GUAUGCGAAUGAUACUGGAAUGACCGAGUGCUUUAUUUGCGGUGCCGGGACAGGGCAAGAAGAGAAGUGGACCACCAGCCAAGCCGUGGUUGCGCAGGGAAAGGAGACGUGGCUUCAGGUUCAGGGUUCUGUGAACCAAUCCUACUGCGGAUGCAUUGCAGGCACAUAUCUAUGGAAUGGUCGUUGUGAAGAGUGUAUUCAAGGGUCCAUUUGUGAAGGCUCCAGUAAAUUGUUGCUGGAGCCAGGGUUCUUCUCCAGACCAGAGGAGCCUGGAGCUGUGUACCGCUGCUUUGAAGAACCCGUUCGCUGCCCCGGUGGUGAGCCGGGCACCUGCGCCGUUGGUCGUGACACCAGCGCAGUUGCCUGUAGUGCAUGUCUUCCGGGCCUACAUGCUACGGAUGGCAUUUGUGUGGAAUGUGGUGGAGGGGACUAUGCAUUGCUGAUCACGGUUGGCAUCAUCGCAUGUGUGUGUAUUGCAAUAUUGUAUUUAGUUUUGGUGAACGAGGGUCAGAAGAGUCGCCAGCCAGGCAGCCUUCUGAUAGCUGCCCUGGGCAUGGGCCAGAUGGUGACCACCGUUCAGCAGCUCACAGUCAUUCAGCAGUUCAAAAUCGAGUGGGGUGAACCUUUCGCCGGGAUUUUGCUGUCAUUGGAGGUCUUUUCCUUUGAUUUGGACAUGAUCUCCAUCGGUUGCGUGGCGCCCAUGGGCCCAGUUGCCAAGUUUAGCUCCAGAACUCUCACAGUGGUGGGGCUCCUCUUGGUGGCCAGUCUAGUGCAUCUGCUGUACCUGGCGGUGACCAAAUCCAAGACCUUGCAGAUUAGCUUAUUACUGAGGACCUCGGGCACGCUUUUGUUGGUGUUCUUCAUCUCGUUGUGCUCCUCACUGUUGGCACCCUUUCGGUGCAGCCAACAUCCCAAUGGUCGUUGGACCGUGCAGGCCUACCAUGGAGUGUAUUGCAAUGGAGAAGGGGACCACCAAGUUAUGGCGAUUGUGGGUGGAUUGGCCUGUUUGAUGCCGAUGGGUUUUGUGGCGAUUUGCAUGUGGGUCAUCAUCAUUGAACUCCCAAAGAGGCUUCAAUCGGCAGACGUGAAGUUCUUGCGAGGCUGCUCCUUUCUCUUCAUGCGCUUCCGUCCCGGGGCUGAGAUCUUCAGUGUGCUGUUUCUGAUCCGCAAUGCCCUCGUCGUGCUGUGCCCUUUGUUACCCAGCCCCUCUGGCAAGGUAGUUUGCAUGAAUUUGAUCCUCUACGGCAGUUUGGCCAUGGUGGCCUAUAGCAAACCCUGGCGCGUUGCAGCGUGCAACUUCUUGGACGUGAUGCUCCUCGCGUGCAUGCUUGUCAUUCUGGAUGCUGGCUCUUUAUUCAUCCGAGAGGAUGAUGGUCAUACCACGAUGGUCAUCUGCAUGCUCUUCUCGGGCGUCAUGGUGCUGUCCAUCCUGACGGCCGUUUGCUAUGGUGUGGGCAGGCAUUUCAUGCUCAAGUAUCGCAAGCAAUUCAGGUUCUUCCUUUGCCACCAAAAGAUUGCAGCAGGAAGCAUGGCCCGUUUGUUGAAGAUGGAACUGCAAAAGCGUGGCUCCAGGAACACUACAUUUGUCGACUGUGAUGACCUGAACGAUCUCACCAGGUUGUUCAGCUACGUGGGUCAGGACACCGAAACCUUCGUGAUCCUGGGCUCGCCGGACAUCUUAACCAGGAAGUGGUGCGUGGGUGAGAUGUGCACAGCGCGCAGUCACGGAGUCAAUACAGUCCUCCUGAGAUGGCCCGAGUUCGUGAUCCUUGGUGAGACAGGGAACCCUGACUACGAUUUCAUUACAAAGUAUGACAGCAUCGUGCCAGACAUUUCCGAGCUGGUGAAUUACAACAUCGGUCUGGCGGAGGUGCAAGAGACCAUGGCGUGGAUCAACACGGUGCAGACUGUGGACGUUCCUUCCAUGGUAAGUCUGGAAGCCAUGGAGCACAUCUGCUCCUCGUUGACUGGGUCCUUGCGAUUUCCAAGUCGCGCUGGUGGUGCGGAGUGGCUGGGAAUGCACGACAUCUGCGGAAGGGCUGAGCCGUCGCCAGACUGCAUCAUCGUGUCGGAUUUGGACAACAUGGAGGCCGCAGCGACCGCCUACGUCUUGCUGGGAUUGAUGGUGCCCAAAUUGGUGGGGGCGGAACGGAACAACAUGCCCACAGUUCUGCAGAAGGGUCGACCAGUAUCAGAGACGGCCACAGCUGCUUUGGUGAUUUGCAGCGAUGGCUGCUUCAAGCAAUUGGAAUUUGCUGAAUGGUUGCUCCAGGUUGCUCACUUGCCCGACUGUUGUGUCCUUCCCAUUAUCGCGGAAGAUGGUUUUCGCUUCCCCUCCCCCUCCUACUACGAGGCCUGGGGACUGAUCCACCUGAGGUGUUGCACUAGGGUUUGGAUCUUUCUGCUGCUAUUGCUGGGCAAACAAACAAACAACUGA